GCUUGUCACAAGUGAAAUAAGCCCCUUCAGUAGCGAGUGCUUUAGAUUAUCUUCAUGAUCUCAGGUGAUGUCGAGCCUAAUGGAUAGACUGACAUACACCUCUCUGCUGGUAUUUCACUGUUUUACAUUUGUCUGCACCUAUGGAGGACAUCAUGGUAUUUAUCCUUCAUGUGAUGUUGAGCUGAAGGUCCGUAGAAACACGGGAUGGAAAGUCGCCCCACAACAAGGGUUGACAGUCAAGUGUCCUGUCAAACACUGUGGAGAAUCGUUAAAUAUCACCUGGUGUAAACUGCUUGACACAGACAAGUGUGAACGGAUUCAUGAAGCAGAGAAUGUAGAAAUAAAACAGGAUGACAAAGAUUUUAAGGAUGAAGUGAUCUCCUUUUUGACGUUCAAACGGAUUUCCAUUGAUGACGACGGCCUGUACAGAUGUAGUAUAAAAGGAUACAAAUAUGAGCUGAUCAGUCACACCAUCAAUAUCUCAGUUUCAGACUUACACAAUGGGAUAAACAACUCAGAAAAUAAUGCAUACUUAAUCCAGGGGAUAAGCAACUCAGAAAACGAUGCAUAUCAGUCACCAAGUGUUGGCGAUCAUCUGGGUGAGCCCUGGCAGCCCUACUUUUACAUCUUCUUUGGCGUAGCUUUUCUGGUCGCCACAUUGACAGCGUUAACCAUCUUGAGAUUUCAUGGCUGGAAACGAAUACUUCUUAUCAACCCCAAAAAGGGGCAGGAAAUGUCCACUCAUAUGAUACCUGACCUACCCAGGGGGAGCGAUCCCUCUGGUCUUGUCCUGCAAACCCACUUCUCCUCUCUGAAUGAAAUCUGCUCAUCUACUACAGCAGAAAGACCACCAUCACAGCCUCCACCGAUGUCCAACGGGAACCAGCCUGCUGUGGCAAACACAGCAAAUGAGAGUCAAGUGACAGACCAUGCAGUGUACGCUGUCAUCAACCACCGGCAGUUUGGGAGACCUGCCAGAGAACAGCAAAAUUCGCAAUACGCUGCCAUCAAUUUUUCCUGAACAUGUUUGUCAUGGACACUUGCAGAUGUAAACAGGCAUGGAAAAGUAUGUGGUGGUGUCAUGGAACAGGUAGAGGUUAAAAGCAAUCAACCACACUGCUGAGGAGGGGGAAUGGAGGACGCAUGUGGUCAUACAGACGCACGGUACAGUCAUCUUGAGCUAGAUCAGAAGCAAUUUAUUCUCUCACCCUCAGGUUUGUUCCAGGCACUGCUGCUUUUUAUUUUUAAUUUCUUGGUAUUUUUUCAGCAGUUUUUCUCCUCCAGUCAUUUCAUGUACGUGACUUGGAGGGCUUUUCUCACUCAUACUUUAUUUUGUUUGCCAAAGCUUUGGGUGAAUUGUAUACAAAAAAUCCAGUGGGUAUGCAGAUUUGUAGAGCAGACUCUAUACUUAUUCUGCAUUUUUCUUCUGAUUUGGUAGUUUAAAGACCAUCUAUAUCUUGUAAAAAAAAAUAUUAGCAUUGAAAUAUAAGCUUAUUUGUGACUUUGGAAACAUCUUGUUCUUUGAGAGAUAGUAGAUUUAGUGUACUUAAUAAAUAUUUUUGCAUUCCUUACAAUUGAAAUGAUAAUAUUAUAAUUUGGCCAGCUCAUCCUCCAGUUCUUUGAGAGACAACGUCGCGGGCAAAUAUAUUUAAGAGUCCACUAUUUUAUCUCACAUAGGUUCUCUCCCACAUACAGUCCUCAGUGUUUUUCAUUUCCCCUGACACAAACACAGUUCCAGGCCUGUCAACCACACUAGUGUGGUUUUGUUUAAGUGUGCAGGAAGUGAAGAGGGGGUCGAGAGAUUUAGAUCAUUUGUGUUUCUCAUCUCUUCUCACAACACAUUUGGUUUACAUACUGAGAGGGUGUUGUUUAGUGGUCUUACCAUUCUGGUGGUUACAUAACAUACAAGAAAGAGGAUGUUACCUGGACCUUCAAAUGCAGCAUAAAUCAACACAUAACAAAGAGAGGAGGACUUCAUUUAUAAAAGACUAUUAUACGUCUGUAGACGCUUUUGGCUCAUGACCCCUUAAAAUAAAUCAAUAUCAACCUUUGA